AUGGAAUAUCCUUCUGAAAAAGAAUCUCACACUUCUUUCAGCAUAGUUCCUAAGCAUUACCAGCACAUCCUGGCUUUGGCUUUCACAGUCAAAGAGAUCAAUGAAAACCCUCACCUCUUACCCAAUCUCACUUUGGGCUUCCACAUCUAUGACAGCUAUUUCAAUGCAAGGAGGACAUAUCAUGCUACAAUGCUACUUUUAUCCACAGAGGAGAGAUUUAUCCCUAACUACAUAUGUGAGCAACAGAAAGAUCUAAUAGCAGUCAUUGGAGGAGUGGAUGCCCAAAUUUCCGUCAAUGUGGCAACAGUCUUGAAUAAGUAUAAGGUUCCACAGAGAGGUAUCUGUUUUGACUUUAUAAAAAGAAUCCCUAUGGUUAUGUCCACCUCUGAAUUUGAUGAAAUUCUUGAAGAUGGAUUAAAAAUACAUAAUGAACUUCUGAAUAGUACAGCCAGUGUGGUUGUGUUUUAUGGUGACUCUUAUUCCAUGGUGAUUUUGAGAUGGAUUCCAUAUUUUGCAGAACAUCCACCAAGUCUCCCAAAAGAUUCAAAUAUCAAGCAAUGGAAAGAAGAGGUGGAUGGAAGUGCCAAAAUCAACAAUUGUGGCAGCGGUGGGGACAAGAUUUCCUUUGAUGAGAAUGGAGAGUUAGUGGCUGGAUUUGAUGUGAUCAACUGGAUUGUUUCCUCAAACCAAUCAUUUCAUAGAGUGAAGGUUGGGAAUGUUGAUCCCAACCAACAGUUGACCAUCAAUGGGGAUUCCAUAACUUGGCCCAGCCAUUUUAACCAGUCUCAGCCUCUUUCCUUAUGUACCGAGCGGUGCCAUCCCGGAACUAGGAAAAGAGUGAAAGAUGGGGAGCCAUUUUGCUGUUAUGAUUGCAUCCCAUGUCCAGAAGGGAAGAUUUCGGCUCAGGAGGACGUGAACGAGUGUAAUAUAUGCUCAGAAGAAAAAUAUUCAAAUAAUAAUCAGGAUAUGUGUAUUCCCAAGGAAACAACCUUUUUGUCCUAUGAGGAACCUCUGGGCAUCAGUCUAGCCUGCUUUGCUUUUACCUUUUCUGUGCUCACAGUUCUGGUCCUGGGAACAUUUUUGAAGCACCACCACACACCCAUUGUCAAAGCAAACAACAAAGACCUCACUUAUAUGCUGCUAAUUUCUCUCCUGCUCUGCUUCCUGUCUGCAUUGCUAUUCAUUGGAAAACCUGGAAUUGUGGCGUGCCUCCUCCGACAGACGGCUUUUGGCAUUCUCUUCUCAGUGGCUGUUUCUUGUGUGCUAGCAAAAACCAUGACAGUGGUUUUGGCUUUCAUGGCCACCAAGCCAGGAUCCAGGAUGAGGAAGUGGGUGGGGAAGAGACUGGCUAUUGCCAUUGUGGUGUCUUGUUCCUUUAUUCAAGUGGGCAUCUGUACUGUGUGGCUGGCAUUUUCGCCCCCAUUUCCAGAUGUUGACAUGCACUCAAUCGCUAAAGAAAUUGUACUGGAAUGUAAUGAGGGCUCCGUGACUAUGUUUUACUUUGUCUUGAGCUACAUGGGCUUCCUGGCUCUUGUCAGCUUCACUGUAGCUUUCUUUGCCAGGAAGUUACCUGACAGUUUCAAUGAAGCGAAGUUCAUCACUUUCAGCAUGUUGGUCUUUUGCAGUGUUUGGCUGUCCUUUAUUCCCUCCUACCUCAGUACCAAGGGGAAAUACAUGGUUGCUGUGGAGAUCUUCUCUAUCUUAGCAUCCGGUGCUGGCCUGCUGGGUUGCAUCUUUGCACCAAAAUGCUAUGUUAUUGUGUUGCGGCCUGAGUUGAAUGAAAGGGAACAUCUAAUAAGAAAUAAGACCUGA